AUGAAUAUGUUGGAUGAUGAAGAUGACCAAAGCUUUCACGCUACGCGUGACGGCUACUCCCAUUUGAGCGAUGUCGAAUGGGAUGCGGUUGAACGAAUGGGUUCGACCAUGGGCAUCCAUGCUGUUAGCGUCAUGCUAGAGGCUCUCAAUAGAGAUGCCCAACAUGCUACUAUCGCCAAGUUCAUUCAAAAUGAACUUGACGCAGAACGCGAGAAAGUAGCCUUGCUUCACCAACAAGGUUCUCAACAAGCAGAGUUGUUGAGAGAACAAGGUGCUCAACAGUUUGAACUGUUGAGACAGCAGCAGGCUGCUGCUGCUGGCGGGUCGAUGCACUCGCGUCGGCCCGAGACUUUGAAGAUUGACAUCUCAAAGUAUAGGGGGGUCGAAGAAGACUCCCUCUUGAGAUGGUUCGUCGAAUUGGAUGACGCCAUAAGGGCGCGUCGCAUCGACGACGGGGAUAUGCAAGUUGCAUUUGCCCAGUCAAAUCUGGCAGGACGUGCCAAGACUUGGGCACUGGGGCUCAAGCUGCACGACCCAUAUGCGUUUGGGUCGUUGGAAGUUCUUCAAGUCGCGGCUCAGACAAACGUUUGA